AUGUCUUCACCAGAUUCCACCGCCCCUCUCUCUACUAAAGAGAACAACGCUCCCAUUUCCUCAAAAAUCGCGGAACUUAACGAAUCAAGAUCGGAGCUUCUAGGUAGAAUUCAGAGUUUAAAACAGGAUUUGCAAGGUUGGAGAUCUAAGUUAGACACACAAGUGAAGGUUUAUCGGGAUGAAUUGACAGUUCUUAAGCAAACACUUAAUGUUGAAGUGGAGCAACUUAGAACAGAAUUUCAAGAUCUAAGGACAACUCUUCAGCAGCAACAAGAAGAUGUUACUGCUAGCUUAAGAAACUUGGGGCUUCAGGAUGCCUCAGGAGAUGUAAAAGAAGCUCAAUCUCAAGAAACUAAGAUUGAAGAAGUUGUGAAGGAAGAGCAGCCUGUGUUACAUGAGGAGGAGAAUACCAAAGUAGUUGAAAAUUAA